ACCAGCUUUGAGAAUGAAUAUCAGACUGCUUUUUUCUGUCACCCUUUCCUGAAGAAUCAUUUUGCCAUAAUCUUUGGACUUUGCUAAAAUUGUAUGACUGUAGAUGAACACGAACCUGCAGGAGGGAAUCAUUGCCUUGAUGUAAGCAGAGAAUGACAGAUUGUUGUUUAUUGUCACGCCAGGUUUCUUUGCACCCUGGGAGGGGGAGACAACAUAGUUGUCAACCAUGAUGGACUGUGUUUCCCACAAAAGAUGAAUAGCUCAGUCAUGUCAAGGUUCAGCUUGAGGUGGUGGGCAGACAUCCACGUGGAGAUGUCAGCCAGGCACACAGUGAUGCAUGCUGUCACCUGGGGGUCGGGGGAAAGGGAGAGAAAAUAAGCUGAUUGUCUGAUCUUCUCCACAUCACCUGGUAGGAGCAGGUUGCCAGGGAAACAGCUUUGGUUAUAGCUGUCUCCAUCUCUGGUUCUGUCCAUCCCUCUUUGUCCUGCGUCCUUUCCCCUGUUCAGGAUUCUCUGGGCAGUGGCCCGUCUUUCUCCAUGGGUGAAAGCAGGACAUGAGGCUUCGCAAUGGGUUUCAUGGAAUUCUACCUGGAGAUUGACCCUGUGACCCUGAACCUCAUCAUCCUGGUUGCCAGCUACGUCAUUCUCCUCCUCGUCUUCCUCAUAUCCUGCAUCCUGUACGACUGCCAGGGGAAAGAUCCCACCAAGGAGUACACCCCUGAGCCACCCCCCGCCCCCAGCCAGUCGCCCAUACGCCUGGUGGUCAUGCAGAACUCACCGACCUCGUCUCGCCAUGAACUGCAGAGCGGCCACGCCCAGAACAACACCACCACUCUGGAACCCAGCAGGAAACCGGAACUCAGUAGGAACCACUACGAACCUCCAACAAUGACUCCCACCCCGGACCUGGCGAGGGAGAAGAGAAGCACCCUGGUCUAACAAGUGGAGAGGGGUGAGCUGGAGGGUCCCUGAAUAGAUGGAACUAAGAACAGGAAAAAUCAACAAAUGAGCAGAGUGGAGAUUUGGUUUUAUAGCCCAGAGACUGGCCUCCUAUGGUUUUAGAUGUUAACAUUUUGAUGGUUGAUUGGUGAUGUUGGUGAGGAUGGUGAUGUUGGUGACUGUGGGGGAAAGCUGAGAAGGGCAGCCUCUGUUCAACAUCCGUCAGAAACCAAAGGAUCUUGCAUUUCAUGGAGACAGUCCUCUCUGUGCUGCUGGGUGUCUCCAUGAUGAGCUGUCAGACCUCACUACAAAGCAACCACCAUCAUGUUUGAUGAAGGAAAAAUGAACUCAUGGAGAACUUCAAUACCCGCAAUGCCAUCUUACCCCCUUUCUUCUGUAAUUAAAAACAAAGCAGUGUUUGCAAUGUGAUGUGAAUUAUAGGGAAUAUUUUGUUCUAGGCCAGCAGGAGACCGUGUGACUGUCCUCUACGUCCAGGCUCAGUCACAACAAGUCAUCUGCUCUAACUUUGAAAGGACCAAUAGUCGUCGCCGUAGCGACCGGGGGAUUCAACAUGCGAAAGCCUCUUAUCUAAAAAGACAAGCGCCUGCUCAUCUCAGUGCUCAUUAAGACCAACCAAUGAUUCAACCAAUCACAGAGCCCCAUUUGCAAUAUGAGUAGCAGACAAAUCAUAUUUCCAAUGGAUUUUUCAUGUUGGAGGGAUUAAAGUCCAACUCAACUCCACAGAGUAUUACGGGAGAACAAGGGUCAUAUAUUACUUCAGAUGACAGCCCUUCUUCGCUCCCACUGGGGGGUUGCAUAAGACGCUAGCUUGUAAACUGACCAAAAACAUUGUGGUCACAUUCUGGGUUUGACGUCAGUGGUAACGGGACUACUGAGGAGUAGACAUCAGUUCAGGGACUUAGGCCAGAUUCAAUCAGCUGAAGCAUUAACUGGUGAGUGUCCAACAACUAGACUGCUAUUUUGUUGACGUCUUGGAGGUGUAACUUCAUAGAGUCAAAUCAAUAAACAUCUGCUAGUGUGGAUGUCAGGAAGCGCCAGCCAUCUCACUAGGAGUUCCAGAUGAGAAACUUUAGGCUUCACUGUAACCACUGGGUCUAUAGGGCUGAACUGUGUCCACUCAAAGAUGGAAAGUCACACCAAGAUAGCUCAUUUAACUGCUCAUGAUAAACAACAGGAUUGUUAACAAGAUCAAAUUACUUGAUUUCAAACUUCAUAUUUCUCCUUCAAAAAAAAUUCACACAAAUGAAAUAGUCAAAUAGUUCCUCCUUAGCUCACUGUAGUUAAUCACAUUAUCAUCAAAAUAAGAUAACAAGAUUUUCACCAGCAUUUCAGAUGUAUGUAAUAAAAGAUGGCACCACAAUUCU